AUGUGCUGGUCGCCCGAUGGGUCAUUGUUGGUGUCAGUAGGACUCGAUAGACUGAUUAUAAUUUGGAGCGGAGUUACGUUUGAGCGUAUUAAGCGCUAUGACAUUCACCAGUCGAUGGUAAAGGGAGUCGUAUUUGAUCCUGCUAACAAGUUUUUUGCAACUGCUUCCGACGAUAGAAGCGUACGUAUAUUUCGCUACUACAGAAAGCAGAGUGAGAAUAGCUACGAGUUUCAGAUGGAGCAUGUGGUGAUGGAGCCAUUUCGAAAAUCUCCCUUGACAUCUUACUUUCGGCGUAUGACUUGGUCCCCGGAUGGACAACAUAUUGCCGUACCCAAUGCUACCAAUGGUCCCGUAACAUCUGUGGCAGUCAUAAAUCGAGGUGAUUGGGGGACAGAUCUCUCGUUAAUUGGUCAUGAAGCGCCUUGUGAGGUGUGUUCUUUUGCACCCAGACUUUUUAACACUGAUGUUAAGAACGAUAAUAAUUCAAAUGUUUCAACUAUAUUGGCUACUGGUGGCCAGGAUCGUACCCUAGCAAUCUGGAGUACAGCUACAAGCAAGCCUUUGGUUGUGGCUCAGAAUAUUGUUCAAGAUCCAAUCACUGAUAUGUGUUGGUCGCCCACGGCUGAUACAUUAUACGUUAGCUCGCUUGACGGGGCAAUCACCUGUAUUGUGUUCGACAAGAAUGAACUAGGAAUUGUCGCAGGAACAGACGUCAACUUGUCUCAAUUGCAUCGAUAUGGAGGAGAUCGUGAAUCGGCUAUACUUCCAGAAACUGUUGAGCAGCUCCUUUUGGAAGAAAAGGCAACACCAUUGACCGACAAGAAAAAGGUUCUCCCAGCUAAUAAUGUAUUCUCUGGCCAGAGGAUCACCCCUGAAUCUACUGUGGCUACCUCUUCGACUCCCAAAAAGGAUCUUGAAGCUGUUUCAACCAGACUAAACUUGCAGUCUCAGAAGGUGACCACAAAAGAUGGAAAGAAAAGGGUCGCUCCUCUACUUGUUUCGUCGUCGAACAAUGGCUCCACUUUACCCGCUACCACUCCUGUGCUCUCGUUGGAUCGCAAAAGAAACACUAGGAUUUCUCGACCCAAUUACUCAAUGCCAAGAUUGGGAGUACAGUCUGCUAUUCAUGGUUUACGCUCCAGAAGCAACAAGUUGCAUGAAGAGGCGCGGGAUUUUGAAGAUCAGGACAAUGACAAUGAGGACAUGGCACUUGGAAUAGAGGCUCUGACGGACAAUCAGACAAACAUAUCUGCAGCAUCUGUCAAACGACAAAAGAGCAAAAUGAGACGCAUUGUCAACGAACGAAGGUAUCCAUACUCACUACGUAACAUCUCUCUGUUGCCAGAAGUCCUCUUCAAUAAUCAUGGUGCGAUGAAUGCAAAAGUGAGUAAAUUCGUUGGUCUUGGGUUUGAAGAAUCUCACCAAAAUCCUUCAGGUGAGUAUCUUACGAGCAGUGCUAUAGAAGUGCUAGACGACGAAUUUUUCUUUGAGGUUGUUGUGAGAACAUUUCAGGUAAAUCGCAUAGUUGACGGGGAAAAGGUCCAAGACUCGGUCACCAUCGAAGUACGCAAUGGUGCGUCUUGGCCACAAGAUGAUGAAAAUCCCAUUGAGGAGAACAAUCGGGUAGACUUUCAGGACCCUACCAUAGUAAGUGUGACUUCAAACUUGAACUUGAAGGACCGUUUGUUUCAACUCUAUUACCCAUUUAAGGUACAGCAUGUUGUACCGCUCGUUGGACUGCAAGAGACCUUUAUCUUGCUUGCUUCACUUCAAGGCACAGUUCAUAUAAUAUCGUAUCCCUCAGGACGGAACAUUUGUGCUCCAAUAGAACUUGCAGAAACCAUUCUUCUGGUUCAAUUCAAAAACUGUCAUUUGAUGGUGCUUACGUGCUCCGGGUUGUUAUAUGUGUGGAAACUUAUUAAUGGCAAAUUGCAUGGCGUUAUCACUCGAGUGUCGAUAGCCACAAUACUAAAUUGCCAAGUUACACUUCCAGCAAUUACUGGUGACAAACGGCCAAGAAAGAGUGCUGAUGUGCCGCAAGUUACAACUCUGUCGAUCAAGUGUCUCGAGCUUGGAGAAGACGGAAUGCCUUAUGUGCUUCUUGAAGAUGAUAGUACAGUCUACAAAUACUGUGCAAACCUUAUGGUUUGGACAAAAGUAGUAGAACCAUGGUACUUCCAUGUGGUCAAUGAGAUUGAAAAUGUACCAUUUUCCACUCGUGGAUUUCUUCUUGUUAAUGGGUUUAACAAUUUCAAGAAUUCCAUCAUUGCCGGAUCUAACAAGCGCUAUGUCUUUGAUGAGAGCACUGAAACCUUACAAACUGUCAUGAAGCAGCGAUACCAAGAGCAACUAGACUUAUAA